AUGAAGGUCAUCGAGUCCCAGACCGCCGUCCUGUCCAAUUACGAGGUCUACCAGCACCUCGUGGACCAGCGCCAGCGCUACAAGAGCAAGAAGCGACGCGGCCCGCCGAACCUGGAAAACGUCGUCCAGGAGCUGCUGCAAUACCUGCAGGCCGCGCCGGGACCCCUGAGCCAGGAGCCCACCACAUACACCCCCGAGUCCAUCGCGCAGCUCCUUGAGCGCCUGCGCCCUUUCGACCUCUCCAAGGGCGAAGUCGUCAUGAUCCUCAACGUGCGUCCGGCAUCGGUUAUUGGCCUCAACACCGUCGUGGAGGAGAUGAGCGAGCGCUUCACCGACGAACAGCAGCUGGAGAUGGUCUACAUCAUUGCCGAUGUCCUUGGCAAGUUUGAGACCGCCGAGCCCGACGAGGGACACGAUGAAGCCGCCGAGGGCGGAGAUGUGAACAUGGACGACGCCGCCGCAUGA